AUGAAUCCAUACUAUCCUCCCCCUCCUUGGUUCCGGAUGCCCUCAUCACCCGCCCCAGUCCUGGGCAAACGCAAGCAUGAAGAUCCGCCAGCACUGCCACUAUCAGCACAGUUUGACCAUGUCGGUGACUUCUCUCCUCAGGUUCUUGGGCCUGUGUUUCCUGCCAACCAAUUUCAGGAACCACUCUCCCCUCAGACGAUGAUGUCCAGGUAUCAAGGCCCACAGUCCACGCUCCCAGAGCGGACUGUGGCCUCCAACACCAACACGGCCCGCCAUUCAAUCUUCAUUGUUAAUACAAUAGAGAGCAUGCAGCAUGGCGAGGAGCCAAGUAUCAAUCCGGUUGCAGCGCGGGAGACAACCCCAGUGACCACACCAAGACCUCACCAGCAACCACUGCGGCCCAGACGCCCGAUUCUGCAUCCGAGCAAACCACUACAAAACUCUGAACAGGUCCACGCAGGCGUUUGGGUUGAUGUGCUCAGCUUCUGUGAGCCUAAAUUCCUGCUGGAGGCAAAAACACUCAACCGGUUUUUCUACAACCUUCUUUCCGAUAAUUCUGCCAUCUGGAGGAAGAGCAGAAUCAACCAUUAUGGUGUGGACAUGCCUGAAUGCCCCAAGGGGCUUUCAGAAAAACAAUAUGUUGAGCUCCUGGCUGGUCGUGGCUGCCAGAGCAAGGGCUGUCAUGUGGAUCGGACCUCAAAGGUUCAUUGGACUUUUCAGGCUCGUUUGUGCCCGAAUUGUUUCAACAAGAAAACAGCCACCGAGAAUGACCUCGCGCACCAUCGUCGGCAUAGACUGCCCGCGAUAAGAGACCACGUACCUCCGGGAGACGGACGUGCUCUGUGGCAACUGCUUCCGCUCGUAUCCAGCGACGGCCGCCGUGACUCGCAUUCAUGCCCCGUAGACACCGAAGCACACGACUGGGGACAACAUAGUGGGAAGUUCGCUUUUUUGAAGACAUCCUAUGCCAAAAUUGAAAGCGAAUACUGGAAGUUCAGGGUUUCAGGUGCGACACACACUGCAAUGAUGGCGUGGGCACGCAAGAUCCAUAGGGAAACAAUGGAGUACAUGGCCGAGGUGAACAAAAUUGAGGCGUGGUUGAAGGAGUACACGAAGACGGUACAGGGGUCCAAGUCCCAAGCUUGGCGACAACGAAGAAUCGAAUACUUUGAAGCACGUGCCGCAGAGCUAUCGCCACCCAUCGACCGCAAGAUCCUCUGGAAAAUGGCAGCGUUUACAGGAAACCUCAAGGUUGGAUCAGACCCCACACCACGCUCGUGGGAGAGCCUCCGGCUCAAAAUCGAACCGUACAGAAUGCAGGCACAAUAUGUGGAGGACUUUGAGAGAUUGAUGGAAUCCGAAUUUCUGGAGACUGUCCCGCAAGUCCGGCUUUUUAGGCUACUCGAUGCGCAUCGCGGUGGAAAAGAAGCCGUCCCGCGCUCGUACCAGCCGGAGCAAAAGUUUGUGCUACAACUGGCGCACGCGGAGUUUGUCCGAUGCGUCAACGAUGGUGUUGCCGACGAGGAUCUUUUGCUCCUGUGCCUGAGGAAUGUUUUUGAGACCUACAGCACACUGGAGAACCGCCCCAUGGGCUUCAAUUUCGACGGAACCACCGGACCAUACCGUCUCAGCCUGGACGACGCCCGCAUGAUUGUGAAGGAUGUGAUAGAAAGACACGUCCAACCGCAUUCGGAACGAGGCAGGAUUGUGCUUCAGAGUCUGAAAUGCCAGGGUUGUCAGCGAAAGGACCAUAUCCGCACAUGGUCUUUCGUGGAGGGAUUUGAACACAUUCUUCAAACCCAUGCCAGGCAAGUGGGCAAAGGGCUGGAGUAUUACCAAUUCGCCACACCGCACCCUGUGAACGACAUGUCUGGUUUGUCUCCACGGGAGGGUGGAGUCGAGUACAAGUUCCCCUGGUACACGGUUGCCUGGCCGAGGAACCUGCCUCUUGUGCCUCGUCAUCAAGAUCUCACGCAAUUGGGCGCUUGGAGCCCGACAGGUCCUACCGAAUUCACCCCAUUGCCGGCACGUUUGAGGGUGUCGGCGUUUCAUGGACGACAGCCUCUGAAGCAACAGCAUGCAGCCGAUGCCUUCGGCCCGAACUUGGUUUACGCGGCUCAGCAACUGUACGGGGUGCGGCUUGAUGGCCGUUGUCAGAUGAAGAUCGCGUUGAGGUACGCACUUGACCUUUAUGCUCAGAAGCAUACGACAGAACCGCCGUUGUCCGCAUUCUGGGAAUGCUUGGAUGACCUGGCCACGGUCAAUCCAGGCAUCGAGCUCAAGUUCCAAUGUGGAAUAUGUGAGGUGGAUGACAGGCGUCCCGGCAUCAGUGCAAGACGUAAGCAGAAAACUGCCAUGGACCGCCUUCAGAUGCACUGGGAACAUAAACAUCGAGAGGGCAGUGUCAGCUGGACUCAGGGGUUGAUGUACCUGCCGAGCGACCAGGAACUCACGCAGCAUAUCGCGGAAAUCGACAAGAAGCUGCAGGGAGAGAAAGAUGCCGUUCUGGGGCGGGCAGCUGUCAUGUCUACAGACAUUAAGAAACGAGCAAAGUCCAAGGGUAGCGUCCUUCUCGGCACGAAACAGGCUUCCGAGGUCUUUGACGCCCUUUUUUUCAAAGUGGAGGCACACUGA